CCAUCGAACAUUCCGACCCACCCACACCCAGCCAGCAGGGGAGCUCCGUCCCCACCACGCCGGACGCGCAUCGCAGAUCACCACCGCGCGCGCGGGCCGACCGACGACCCGACCCCAUCAUCCACACCCUCGCACGCGCCCCGCGGCGGGAGGAGACACCCACCUCCCUCCCGCUGACUUGCCUUCGCCGUCACCUUCCUCCGCACGCGUUUCCAAUCCAAGCUAGCUAGCCACCGCCGAGGCGACCCGCGGUAGCUAUAUAAAGCCGCGGCGUCGCCGGCAAGCCGCAAACCCAAACCAACCACCGCAAACAUCCAUCGCGUUCCCGGCCACUUCAACAACCUGCUUUGCUUCCGCGGCGCGAUCUUGUUUUAGCUCGGCCUCCAUCCCCGCUUGGCUCCUUGCGCAACAGCUUCUUCUGGUGUGGUGUGCGAGCGCGCGCGGUUCUUGGAGGAGCUUCUGUCGGCGGCGCGCGAGCGGGCAUGGGGAACUACCUGUCGUGCACGCUGGCCAAGACGCCGGGCGGGAAGGGCGCGCGGGUGAUCCUCCCCGACGGCGCGGUGCGGCGGGUGUCGCUGCCGGCCACGGCGGCGGAGCUGAUGAUGGACGCGCCGGGCCACUUCGUGGCCGAGACGCGCCACGCGCGCGUCGGCACCCGCCUCGAGGCGCUCCACGCCGACGAGGACCUCGAGAUGGGCGUCGUCUACGCCACCUUCCCCAUGAACCGCAUCGGCACGAAGCUGGCCGCAGCUGACAUGGCCCGCCUCGCCGCCGCGGCCACGCGGGAGGCCCGCCGCUCCGCCAAGGUGUCCUCCGUCGGGGUCGGGGCCGCGGCGGCGACGGCGGCUGCACCAGAGCCGGCCAUCACCUUCGUGCCGGCCGCGGAGGAGGCGCCGUCGCCGAGGGCGCGGCUGGACGAGAUGGUGGACGACGCGGUGGCCGCGGAGAUCGACGUGCUCAAGCACCGGCUCAGCAGCGCGCGCUCCAGGCGGCCCAACCUCGAGACCAUCCACGAGGAGAAUCACCUCCUGUGCAGACGCUGAAAUAUACUUACUAGCAGCUCAUUUUUCUUCUUCUUCUUUGUUCUCGAAUUUUUUGACAUCAAGUUCAACAGAAGUUGGAAAGGAUAUAUGUGGUGAAAACCAAGGAAUUGAUUGUACAGUCUGACUUUGUGGAAGAAUUCAAAACGUAUACAUAUGUGGAUCAGGUCAGCUUUGCCAUUU